AAGAGAGGAAGGGGCCGGGGCCUAAAUGAUGAAUCCAAAAGGCAAAGCUGAGUGAGAUGAGAUGCAAUUAUUCAUGCCAUAGAUUUCAUCCUAAGCAAUUCCGAAACAAAAUUCUCCCCCACAAAAGCAGAAAAAGAGAAUGGAGAGAAAGAAAGCAUAAUAUAAACAUCAUUUGCUUAAAAAAAAAUUUAGGUGACUGAUUCCCACUCUCAUUGGGAUAGGCAUAAAGGAAAAGACCCUUCCCCCUCAUUUUCUUUCCUUCUCUCUCUCUUUAGUCUCUUUUAUCCUUCUUCCACUUCUCUUCCUUUCUCUCUCCAUGAGACACCUAUAGAGGGGAGAGAGUGUGAGAGAUAGAAAGAGGAGCCAUGAAAAACACCAUAAGAUGCUGUAUCUCUUGCAUUCUACCAUGUGGAGUUCUCGACGUAAUUCGCAUAGUUCACACCAAUGGCCGCGUGGAAGAGAUCAGUGGGACAAUCCGAGCUAGCGAGAUCAUGAAGGCUUACCCUAAGCACGUCCUCAAGAAACCCUCUUCUUCCUCGGACGAUGGCUGCGUCCCAAAGAUUGUGAUAGUCCCUCCUGACGCAGAGCUUCAACGUGGAAAAAUAUACUUCCUCAUGCCUGUGCCUUCAAACCCAGAAAAAACUCGAUCAAGAUCAUCAACGAGAAAGAAAAGAAGAGAGCCCGAUAGCAACGCCAACAACGCUAUGGCCAUGACGAACCUAUUGAUAUCAGAUCAAUACUUGACUGAAAUACUCUCGGAGAAGAUUUCCACGCAAAGAGAUCGUAGGCGAGGUCGUGUUGGCGUGUGGAGGCCUCACUUAGAGAGCAUUUGUGAGUCACCAAGUGAUGUCUAAUGGCGGAUUUUGGUUCUUCUUGUGAUUCAUAUUUUAAGGUUCAUCCAUUAGGGUACUUCAUAAUUCCCAUUUGUUUCUUUCACUUCUUUUUUUUUAUCGUUCUUCUGCUUCUGCUGCUGCUUCUUCAACCUGUUUUUGCACUUUUGUUUAUGGCUGUAUAUAUAGGCAUAUAAAAGAAAAAUAAUGCAAUAUUCUAUCA